AUGGUCCGUUCCCUUCACUGGCUAGCCACUUCGGCUGGGCUGGCUUUGUUGCCCUUCAGUCAAGCCAUUCCCGCUCAAGUUCAGGGGUCUUCGACAUGUCGCUACCUCCCGGGCGACUCCGAAUGGCCAUCGGCUGCGGACUGGCACCAGUUGAAUACCACUGUGGGCGGCCGACUCAGCGCGACGGUUCCUUUGGGGGCGCCUUGUCAUGAACCACAUUAUGAUGCUGCCCAGUGCGCGUACUUGGCGGCCGAGUGGAUCUAUCCGGAGCUGCACGCAAAUUCCUCCUCCUCUUUCAGCAAUCCUUAUUUUCAAAAUCAGAGUUGUGAUCCCUUUACCUCCAAAACGAGUCCCUGCCUUUUGGGUAACUACCCGGACUAUACCAUCGAUGUCCGCGGUGCCGCUGAUGCAGCGGCCGGGGUCACGUUUGCUCGCGAGCAUAACAUCCGGCUGGUAAUCAAGAACACCGGUCAUGAUCUUUUGGGUCGAUCUUCUGGUAAAGGUUCCCUUGGUCUAUGGACUCAUCACAUGAAGAACAUUUCUAUCCUGGACUAUCACCACCCACGCUACACCGGGAAGGCCAUGAAGAUGGGGGCGGGAGUGCAAGGUUUUGAUGCCUAUGCAGCAGCUCACAAGGCAGGCCUUCGUGUGGUUGGUGGAACGUGCUCCACGGUGGGACUGGCAGGAGGAUAUACGCAAGGCGGCGGACACUCGAUGCUUUCCACCCUGUACGGACUGAGCGCGGACCAGGUGCUGGAAUGGGAGGUGGUCCUGGCAGACGGACGGCACGUCGUCGCCACGCCAACUGACUACCCUGAUCUCUACUGGGCCCUCUCUGGGGGCGGUGGGGGCACCUACGCGGUGGUCCUUUCCAUGACAGUCAAAGCCCACGCCGAUGGGAUCGUGACAGGGGCCAGCGUGACGGUGACACAGACCAACUCCAGCGAUGCUUUCUGGGAGGCUGUCACUGCCUUUCACACUGCAAUGCCUGCGUGGAUCGCAAAGGGAGCAGCCACCGCCUAUGUGAUCAUGGACGGCAGCCUGUAUCUUAUGCCGGCGACAUUUCCGGGCUACAACGCAAGCGAGGUAAACGGCUUCAUGCAGCCAUUUGUGGCCCAGCUGCAGCGGCUAGCCGUCAACUACACGAUUUCGGUGAACUCCUUUGAUAAUUACUACACCUUCUUCGACACCUUCUUUGGCCCCUUACCCGAUGGCUCCUACACCAAUGCACAGGUCCAGGGCGGCCGGCUGAUUCCACGCGAGGUGCUAAUGUCGGCGGACUCCAACCGCGCCCUGACGGCGGCGCUGCGCGAGAUCAGCUCCAACCGGGCAUUCCGAAUCAUUGGCGUGGGCACAGACGUAUCGCGUGGAGGCGAUGUACCCAACGCGGUCUUCCCCGGCUGGCGCAAGGCCAUUACCUGGAUCGAAUUAACAGCCGACUGGGACUUUACGCAGAGCUAUGCCACCAACGUCGCAAACGAGACGCUGAUCACAAACCAUUACGAUCCGCUGCUGACGCAGGUGACGGGUCUGGCGAACAGCAGUGGGGCAUACCUAAACGAGGGCGACUUCCAGCAGAAGGACUUCCAGACACAAUUCUUUGGGGGCAAUUAUGCCUCGCUAAAGCAGGUUAAACGCCGAUACGACCCCGAGGGGGUGUUCUAUGGCACCGCCCUGGUAGGCAGUGAUGAUUGGGAGGUCGCCAGUGAUGGGCGCUUGUGCCGGAGUAGCGAAAAUAACUGA